AUGCCUUAUACACUUUUAGCCAUGGAGAAUCCCUUGUUGGAUAUCCAAUGUAAGCCUGAUCAAGAGCUUAUGGACAAGUACAAGCUCAAGGCCAACGAUGCUAUCUUGGCUGAUGCUUCUCAUGAACCUUUGUACAAGGAAAUCGUCGACAAGUAUGAAGUUGCCUACGUUGCUGGUGGUGCUGCUCAAAACACCGCCCGUGGUGCUCAAUUCUUUUUGCCUCCCAACUCUACUGCCUAUAUGGGUUGUAUUUCUGAUGAUGAGUUUGGUAAGACCAUGACCGCUGCUGCCAAGGAGGAUGGUUUGCACACCAACUACGAAAUCACCAAGGAAGCUGCUACUGGUACCUGCGCUGUCUUGAUCACUGGUAACCAUCGUUCUCUCGUUGCCAACUUGGCCGCUGCCGAAAAGUUCCAAGCUUCUUUCCUCCAAAAGCCCGAGAACUGGAAGCUCGUUGAAGAAGCCAAGUACUUUUACAUGGGAAGUUUCUUCAUCACCCAUGAUGGUGGCUAUCAAUCUGCUCUCUUGGUCUCUCAACAUGCUGCUGAGAACAACAAGACCUUUGCUCUCAACUUGAGUGCUCCCUUCUUGUCUCAGUUCUUCAAGGAGCGUCUUGAUUCCAUCAUCAAGAACACGGAUAUUCUCUUUGGUAACGAAGAUGAAGCUCGCACUUAUUCUCAACAAGCUGGCUGGAACACUGAUAACGUCGAGGAGAUUGCCAAGAAAUUGUCUCAACUUGAGAAGGGUAACUCCAAGCCUCGUCUUGUUGUCAUUACUCAAGGUGCUGAUGCCACUGUCACUGCUCAAGGUGAUGUUGCUCACGCUUACCCUGUCAUCAAGGUUGAUGCUAGUGAAAUCGUUGACACUAACGGUGCUGGUGAUGGUUUCUGUGGCGGUUUCAUGGGUUUGUAUGCUCAAGGUGUUGAGGAUCCUGCUCGUUGUGUCAAGGCCGGUCAUUACCUUGCCAACAUUGUCAUCAAGCGUGUCGGUCCCACUUACCCUCCCAUGGCUGAGAGAACCAACAUUCCCUCUUUCUAA